UGCCCCGUCCAAUGGAAGCGGCUCCCGCUCAGCUCUGCCGAAGCUCUCUAACGUUCUGCAAACGUGCUUCGUUUUGGGCUGCAAAUGCGCGUCUCUCGCGCCUCCUGAGCCGUUCCCGUGUCCGGCGGAGUCGGUGUCGAACCCAGCGGGUCAAGGUGUAAAUAUGAGUCUGUUUGGCACCAGCACGGGGUUUGGAGGAAACACGAUGUUUGGAAACGCGGCUACGGACAACCACAACCCAAUGAAGGAUAUCGAGGUGACUUCUCCGCCAGAUGACAGCAUCAGCUGCUUGUCGUUCAGCCCCGCCGCUCUGCCCGGAAACUACCUCAUCGCGGGUUCCUGGGCGAAUGAUGUUCGCUGCUGGGAAGUGCAGGACAGUGGACAGACCAUUCCCAAGGCCCAGCAGAUGCACACAGGGCCCAUACUGGACGUCUGCUGGAGUGACGAUGGAACGAAAGUGUUUACUGCGUCCAGUGACAAGACGGCCAAGAUGUGGGAUCUGAACAGCAAUCAGGCUAUCCAGGUUGCACAGCAUGAUGGACCAAUAAAGACAAUACAUUGGAUCAAGGCACCAAGCUAUAGCUGCAUUAUGACAGGCAGCUGGGAUAAAAGCUUAAAGUUCUGGGACACGCGCACUCCAAACCCUUUGCUCACCAUUCAGCUGCCAGAGAGGUGCUACUGCGCUGAUGUGGUUUACCCCAUGGCUGUGGUGGCAACAGCCGAGCGUGGGCUCGUGGUGUAUCAGCUCGAGAACCAGCCCUCGGAAUACAAACGCAUCGACUCCCCACUAAAGCACCAGCAUCGCUGUGUGGCUAUUUUCAUGGACAAGCAGAACAAGCCGACGGGAUUUGCACUGGGCAGCAUCGAGGGCAGAGUAGCCAUCCAGUACAUCCAGCCCGCCAACCCAGCCAAAGAUAACUUCACAUUCAAGUGCCAUCGCUCCAAUGGUCAAACGGGUCCCCAGGAUAUUUAUGCGGUCAACGGAAUUGCAUUCCACCCAGUGCACGGCACGCUAGCGACGGUGGGCUCCGACGGCCGUUUCAGCUUCUGGGACAAGGACGCGCGGACCAAGCUGAAAACCUCCGAGCAGCUGGAUCAGCCCAUCACGGCCUGCUCCAUCAACAACAAUGGCAACAUCUUCGCCUAUUCCUCCAGCUACGACUGGUCCAAGGGUCACGAGUACUAUAGCCCACAGAAGAAGAACUACAUCUUUCUUAGGAGUGCCACGGAGGAGCUGAAGCCCAGAACAAAAAAGGGGAUUUGAAGGCCUUGGGAAGAUUCUUCAAUGCUUUCCUGUGGUGUUGGAUUCAAAGACUGCUUUACGCAAACGCCACUGGCACACAACUCAAUUUUAGCGUUCUUUGGUUGUAUUUCAGUUCUAAAUCCCUUUGCACAUCAGUCAUGUCCUUAUUGUAAAUCAUCCUCAAUUCAUGCUACGAAUAAACAUUUGUUAUAAAACUA